GGCCGGGCGCACUCCAAUGGGCGGCGCCGGGGCGACCUGAUGUUCCCGGCGGCCCGUGCGUCGGCUGUGGUUGGGUGGUAAGAUGGCGGCUGUGAGUCUGCGGCUCGGCGAUUUGGUGUGGGGGAAACUCGGCCGGUAUCCUCCUUGGCCAGGAAAGAUUGUUAAUCCACCCAAAGACUUGAAGAAACCGCGUGGAAAGAAAUGCUUCUUUGUGAAGUUUUUUGGAACAGAAGAUCAUGCCUGGAUCAAAGUGGAACAGCUAAAGCCAUACCAUGCGCACAAGGAGGAAAUGAUAAAGAUUAACAAGGGAAAACGGUUCCAGCAAGCUGUGGAUGCCGUUGAAGAGUUCCUCCGGAGAGCCAAAGGGAAAGACCAGACAUCGUCCCACAAUUCUGCUGAUGACAAGAAUCGGCGUAAUUCCAGUGAGGAGAGAAGUAGGCCAAACUCAGGUGAUGAGAAGCGGAAGCUUAGCCUGUCUGAAGGGAAGGUGAAGAAGAACAUGGGAGAAGGAAAGAAGAGGGUGUCUUCAGGCUCUUCAGAGAGAGGCUCCAAGUCCCCUCUGAAAAGAGCCCAAGAGCAGAGUCCCCGGAAACGGGGUCGGCCCCCAAAGGAUGAGAAGGAUCUCACCAUCCCUGAGUCUAGUACCGUGAAGGGGGUGAUGGCUGGACCGAUGGCCGCGUUUAAAUGGCAGCCAACUGUGAGCGAGCCUGUGAAAGAUGCAGACCCUCAUUUCCAUCAUUUCCUGCUCAGCCAAACUGAGAAGCCAGCUGUCUGUUACCAAGCAAUCACAAAGAAGUUGAAAAUAUGUGAAGAGGAAACCGGGUCCACCUCCAUCCAGGCAGCAGACAGCACAGCCGUGAAUGGCAGCAUCACACCCACAGACAAAAAGAUAGGAUUUUUGGGCCUUGGGCUCAUGGGAAGUGGCAUCGUCUCCAACUUGCUAAAAAUGGGUCACACAGUAACCGUCUGGAACCGGACUGCAGAGAAAUGUGAUUUGUUCAUCCAGGAGGGGGCCCGCCUAGGAAGAACCCCCGCUGAAGUCGUUUCAACUUGUGACAUCACCUUCGCCUGCGUGUCAGAUCCCAAGGCAGCCAAGGACCUGGUGCUGGGCCCCAGUGGUGUACUGCAAGGGAUCCGCCCUGGGAAGUGCUAUGUGGACAUGUCAACAGUGGAUGCUGACACAGUCACUGAGCUGGCCCAGGUGAUUGUGUCCAGGGGGGGCCGCUUUCUGGAAGCCCCGGUCUCAGGGAAUCAGCAGCUGUCUAAUGACGGGAUGUUGGUGAUCUUAGCAGCAGGAGACAGGGGCUUGUAUGAGGACUGCAGCAGCUGCUUCCAGGCAAUGGGGAAGACCUCCUUCUUUCUAGGUGAGGUUGGCAACGCAGCCAAGAUGAUGCUGAUCGUGAACAUGGUCCAGGGAAGCUUCAUGGCCACCAUCGCUGAGGGCUUGACCCUGGCCCAAGUGACAGGCCAGUCCCAGCAGACACUCUUGGACAUCCUCAAUCAGGGACAGUUGGCCAGCAUCUUCCUGGACCAGAAGUGCCAAAAUAUCCUGCAAGGAAACUUUAAGCCUGAUUUCUACCUGAAGUACAUCCAGAAGGAUCUCCGCUUAGCCAUUGCCCUGGGUGAUGCGGUCAACCAUCCUACUCCUAUGGCAGCUGCAGCCAACGAGGUGUACAAAAGAGCCAAGGCACUGGACCAGUCUGACAACGACAUGUCUGCCGUGUACCGAGCCUAUAUACACUAAGCCCUCGAUACCCCAUCCCUGCCCCCCAAGUCUUCCCUCUGGCCCCUCCUCCUCACAUGGGGUUGGGGUCCUGGGACUUAGCUCUGGACCAGUCCACCUAUCUCCAUCUCCUUUUCUACAGACUUUGAGACUUGCCAUCAGCACAGCACACAGCGUCACCCCUCCCCUGGAGGUCCUGGGGAGGGGAGGGGUGUCAGCAGGAUUGGCCUUUGGGAAAGCUCUUGAGCUGGGCACUGGCCCCGGACUAGGUGGCUGUGUGUUCACACACACACACACACACACACACACACACACACACACCCCUACACACCACACACUGGCUCUCACCCCAGGAUAGAAGCUGCCCAGAAACUGCUGCCUGGCUUUUUUUUCCUCCUGAGCUUGUCUUAUCUCAGACCCUUUCCAGUAGAGGAACUAGAAUCAGCAGUGAGAACUGGAAGCCUUCCCACUGCUGCCGUCCCUCAGAGCAAAGAGGCUGUGGUUACGUCCACGUCCCCCCACUGGAUCCCCCAUGUGAGAGAGAGGCUCUGGGUCAAGAUGAGCCAGCACCGACUCCAAACAGAGGGUCCCCAUGGGCCCUCCAACCUCAGGUGACCAGCUGAUGAGGAUUGUCAUAUUUAAGCUACCAAUGUGCAACCAACUCUCCGUAAAUGCCUUUGUGAACUGAAAAGAGAUUGGCAAAGUUGAGCGAACACAGGGCUCUGGCUCUCCAGGGAGAGCAGCAAAUCGCCAGCACGUUAGGUGAGCCUCACAGAAGCCUGCUCUCCUCGCCGCUCUUGAGCACCUGUCCCAGAAGUCACCAUCACUGCAGAGCCCUGGGCUGGGAUCAGACUUCCUCACUUUGGUGUAGGGGGAGCUCACUCCUCACCAGGCCCUUAGUAUUUGGAUUUGCAUUCCAGCCCUUGGGAAGGGGAUCCUGAGGGCCACCAGGGAGGAGCAAAGAGGGAGGAGAGUGGGGUUCCUUCCUGUUUCCGUUAUGCUGCAGACUCCACCUGGAGCCACUCUGACUGGGUCCCCUCACAGCAGUCCCAUCCUCUCCAACCUGCUCCUCCACAUGUUCCCCACCUGCCUACCUUUUCAUUCUCCCUUCCUCCUCUUCUUCCCAUGGAGACAGUGUUUCUGUCCCUUCUUUGGCCCAAACCCAGCCUGACCAACGAUGGCCAUUUCUUAGGCUCAGCUCUCUUGAAACAGGAUCGAGCGUCUUCACUUCAGCCAGAAGCAUAGCCUUCAAUGCUUCCAGGGCCCCAGGGUCUUUUGGGAGGGAAGAGAACUGAACCUGACCCAACCUGAACUAACUGACCCGAAGAGGUAGAUCUAAGACAUCUUUGAGACCCUAACAUUUCUCCUUGGAUAGGGGACCAGAGGGACUUGUGAUGUGUAAAAACAAGGAGAAGUCACCCAAAGGAUGUCCAUGUUCUCUCCCUCUAUAUGGGUUGAAUUUUCCAAAGUUAUACUUUGCAGGUCAGCAUUUCUAGUGAAUAUAUAUAAUGAGGAGACCACACUGGUGUGGGCCCCUCCCCCUCACAAAUUUGGCCCUUUUCCACUGAUAGAACCCAGGCUAGGGGAUCUCAGAAGACAUAGGGGGGAGGGCAGGGAAGAUGCCUGCGGGUUUUUGGCAUAAUUUCACUGGGAUUUGGAAUUCUUUUCUGUCUGAACACAAAGCCUGUUCUAGUCCUAGCCGGACACUCGGGGUUGGGGGUGGGAGGGUGGGGGUGGGGGAAGAUGCUGUAAUGAAACUGGUUAGUCAAUGUUGUCUUAAUAUUGUUGACAAUUCUGUAAAGUUUCUUUUUAUGACUAUUUCUGUUUAAGCUAUUUCACCUUUGUUUUGAAAUCCUUCCCUUUUAGAAGAAAAUGUGACACUUGUGAAAAAGCUUGUAAGAAAGCCCCUCUUCCACCAUCCCUUUUUUUUCCCCUUUAAACCUACUUUAAAUGACAAAUCUUCUAGGUAAUUAAGGUUGUGAAUUUUUAUUUUUGCUUUGUUUUUAAUGAGCAUUUGUCUUUCAGAAUAGGAUUGUGUGAUGUUUAAAUGGCAAAAACAAAACAUGAUUUUGUGCAAUUAACAAAAAAAGCUACUGCAAGCAAAAUAAAACGUUUCUUGGUAACACAA